AACAACACACCCAAGCGCUAGCGAGCGUAUUUCCAGUUUUUUCACUUUUCAGCAGAAAAUAUUUCCUGUUUCUAUCUAUAUCUACCGGUAAAACAUUCAGUUCAACUGCCGCAGGAUGCUGUAUCUGGAGGAUUAUCUCGAAAUGAUUGAACAUUUACCACAAGAGCUACGGGAUCGUUUCACAGAAAUGCGUGAGAUGGAUCUUUCCGUGCAAAACAAUAUGGACUCGCUGGAUAAACGCGUCCGGACGCUGUUCCAGCAGUGCCGCCGUGGUGAGGUAGCCGGAGUACAGGCCGAUUCGGACUUUCACUCGAUUCGCAAGGACUACUACCGGGUGCUGGAGGACUCAGACGAAAAGGUCCAACUGGCCGGACAAAUGUACGAUCUGGUGGAUCGAUAUCUGCGCCGACUGGACAGUGAACUGUACAAGUUCAAGUGUGAACUGGAAGCGGAUCACAACGGAAUCACGGAAAUUCUGGAGAAACGAUCGCUAGAGCUAGACUCGUCAACGAGCAAUGGAGGAUUGAAUCAGAAAGAGAAUCGAUAUUUUGAUACACUGCCCGGUUUUACAAGCGGUGGUAUCCUGAGCAGUGGCGGUGGUGGUAGUGGAAGUGCAGCCCGCGUGGAUCGUUACAAAGUUAAACCGGAGAAACGGCGUGAUAGUGUUGGGAUGUCGGUUCUAAGUGGACCUCCGCCGGAAAAACGCCCGGCAGUUACUGUCACUACUGCAAUCAGUAGUGGGCCUCCCGUUCGUCCGACAACACCGGGUUUGAGCGCUUCUACUGGUCCAUACCAUAUGCUAUCAUCCUCCGGUUCAAGCACUCCGAACGCAACAACUUCGAUAGCGUACAAUCUGCAGCAGUUUGGAGCGGGCAAUGCAAUAGCAGCUGCUGCCAGUCAGGCCAUAGCUCAGACCCAACAGAUGCAGCAGGGUAGAAGAACAGCCAGCUUGAAGGCCUCGUACGAUGCUAUCCAUGGCGCAGGUGCCACCGGAACUGGGCCUCAUGAUCUGCUGAUAAAUCGUGAAUUGGCCGGAGCCACUCAUAACGCGUUGCAGGCCGUGGAGCGUGAAACGAACAAUGCGUUUUCCAAUCAACAGCGAAGGCAGCACAAGAAAAAGCUGACCGCAAAUACGUCUGCAGCAGCCACACUGUUACAAGCACACCAGAAGCAGCAGCACUCAGUCGCCCUUAAUCCUAACCUGUCCUCCUCGUCUCUAGAUUUGCUGGAACCGACCACCAGCGUUGUUCCCGGGUUGCUAUCGGGGGUAACGAGUGGACCAUCGGUGGCAUCCACCAGCAUAGGAACAUCGAGACCACCCAGUUCCAGCUCCGGGGGUCCACCGCCAAUGAGUGCUGCUGGUUUGGGGAUCUCAUUGUCGCUCGGAACCGGAGCAGUGCUGAACGAGAACGGGAUGGUAGUGGAACAGACGCCCGAUGGCGAGUGGACUUACGAUCCGAACGAGCCGCGCUACUGCAUCUGUAAUCAGGUGUCGUACGGCGAUAUGGUGGCAUGCGAUAAUGAAGAUUGUCCUUUCGAGUGGUUCCACUACCCAUGCGUGAACAUAACAUCCUCCCCGAAAGGUAAAUGGUACUGUCCGCAGUGCAGUAGUUCUAUGAAGCGACGCGCUUCACGAAAGAACUAAAGCGUACACUCAAAUAUCCGGCAUGAUACGGUAAUUAGCUGUUUUCCUAAUCUAUUACUACUCUAUUCAUUGCAACCCAUAUUACCAUGUGAAAAUGUUGUUGAACGAAAAAAUAAUAGUUGGCCUACUCCGGGACGGCGUGUAGCGUCCCGGCUACUUUUUAAUCAGCAAAAUUCAAUACAUGCAAGAAAAUAAAUC